AUGCCCCAAAUACACGAGAUCCACGAGGGCGGAGACGCCCAGGCGCUCCGCUCCGCGCUUGCCAGCAAGGACGCGAGCGCUGCUGUUAUCCUAGACGAUCUCGCUGUGAAGCUGCGGGACGCCAGCAAGCGCGAGAGCAUCGGCGCGACCGGCGUGGCGGAAAUCGUGGCAGAGAUCGCAGGUUCCAAUCUCCCAGAUGAGGUACUCCUGUUCCAGGCUGCACGAGUGGCUGGCAACCUCGCAGCGGACUGCGACGCAAACCGCGACCGCUUGGCCGCUGCCGGAUAUCCCGAAAAGAUCUUGGCUCUACUGGAGGGGAACACACUUGAAGUCAAGACGUUGCAGGCUGUCGCGGCGAGCCUGCUUAACCUCGUCAUGGGCGGACACGCGGCCUCGGUUGCGGCCCUGUCCGGGCUAGAAGCACUCACUACUCUCUUGCGUACAGCGAACGCCCUCUAUACUCCCGGAGAUUGGGACGUGUCCCCUCGCGGUGCCGUCGCCUCGUGGCUUUGGGACGUAGUGGACCACACUGUCAGUCAGGAACCGAGCUACAUCCUCCCCCUUUCUACAAUCAAAGAGUUCCUCCCCGCGCUGCGUGGGAUGCUUCCCCGCGCCGCUCCGUCAGACGUGGAAGACGCCGACGAAGCUUUUGGCACCGAAGUGACUAUUCUCACGCACGCGACCAAGGUGCUUGAACGCUUCAACGCCAAGGACAAGAUCGAGUACGCCGCCCUCCUGGGGAACCGAGACUGCCUUUCCGUCGUGAUGGAGUUUAUGGAGGACGCGGCGAUUCCUCCUUGGCUUGACGAGGUGGAGGACGACACGAAAAAGGCCCUGGGCGUCGCCAAGGCCGAUGUGAGCCGCACCCUCGUGAGCACACUCUCUGAGGGAGGCGAUGCGCCGCCCUGGGUCCUGGAGCGUCUCGGUUCGUGGCUCGAACGGCCAACCCGGCCCGAUCUGGUGUCCAUCGCGCUGCUCGCGUACGGCAACUGUGCGCGUGGUGAUGCUGCCGCCACCUCCAUUCUGACGUCCAACCCUGCGCUGCUGCAGCGCCUCACCGCACUCUUGGAUCCCUCAACGCCUGUCCUUGUGCAGCACGCCCUCGUCGGCUUGCUCCGCAACCUCUCGAUUCCGGGGCCCAACAAGCGCAAGCUCGGCGACGCAGGCGUCCUUUCCCGCCUGCUGGCGAUGGGACCGUGGGCGCCCGAGCGCGACAUGCUCGGCUCAGUGCAGGGCGGCGCGGUGGGGAUUGUCAAGCAGCUGGUUCGCGAUGAAACCAACGCGAUCCAGUUCCUAUCCUUAGACCUGGAACCACUACACACCCUCAUUACACGCACAAACGACCCUGCCAUAGCGCUGGAAGCCACCCGCGUCUGGGUAAACUGCUGCCGUGCCCUCGGCAACUCUCCGAACGGUUGGGGCCUGCUAAGCGACGGGCGCGUGCUCGACGCGCUGACCGUCAUGCUGUCCCAGGGCGCGCGGUAUCCUGUGCUCCUGAACGAGGCUGUGCUCGCUCUGGCCCUCCUGGCUGGACAUGGUGGAACGGAGGGGCCAGGCGAUGGGAACAGGGAGGGCGUAGGGGCCGAAAUCGCGCACCGGUUACUCGAUACCGAGUCGGCUGAGCGUGCGAAGAAGGAGCAUCCGAAUGCCAACCUCGAGGGGAAGAGUGGGGCGGAGGUGCUGGCCCGUGUCGUUUCUGGUCAGGGGGCGCCGGAGUCGCAGUCGAACGCUCUUGCGCUUGUCAAGAUCCUCGAUUCGCCAGACUUGAUCGCGGUCGUGCGGAAGGCUGUGGAUGAAGCUGAGGACCAGGCGCAGCCAAAGGGCCUCCCUCCAUCGACACAUGCAGCAUAA